AUGUCGUGGUUCAGCGGCAUCCUGGUGCCCAAGGUGGACGAGCGCAAGACGGCAUGGGGCGAGCGCAACGGCAAGAAGGGGCAGCAGCGCCCGCGCGCCGCCCUCUGCGGCACCCGCUACGUGAGCUGCCUGCAGGACCCUGACAUGGAGCGGCCCGCGGGGCCGCGCUGCACCUGGCAGGAGGACCAUUACGGCAAGAAGGGCGCGGAGCCCCCGGCACGGCCGGCCGAGCCGGGCACGGAGGGCGGCGAGGCCAAGGCGCCCAAGGAGGCGUCGCGGCGGCUGUCGGCGGGCGAGUGCCGCCGGCGGGUGCUGCAGGUCUUCCGCUCCAAGCGCUUCCAGUCGGCCAAGCUGGAGCGCCUCUACCAGCGCUACUUCUUCCAGAUGAACCAGAGCAGCCUCACGGUGCUCAUGGGGGUGCUGGUGCUGGUGUGCGCCGUGCUGCUGGUCUUCCAGUGCGCGCCCGGCUCGCCGCCCGUGCCCGCCGCCGCCGUGCUCGCCGGCGCCACGGGGCUCUUCCUGCUGCUGCUCGUGCUGUGCAGCCGCAGCGCCUUCCCGCAGGACUACAUGGGGCUCGUGAGCUACGGGGUGCUGGCGCUGCUGGGCGCCGUGCAGGCCGUGGGCGCGCUGGCCGCGGCGCCCCGCAGCGCCGCCGAGGGCGUCUGGGCCAGCGUCUUCUUCAUCUUCAUCGCCUACACGCUGCUGCCCGUGCGCAUGCGGGCGGCCGUGCUGGCCGGCGCGCUGCUCUCCGCCCUGCACCUUGGCAUCUCCUGGCACCGCAACGCCGCCGACCCCUUCGUCUGGAAGCAGCUGGGCGCCAACGCCCUCAUCUUCCUGUGCACCAACGUGCUGGGCGUGUGCACGCACUACCCGGCCGAGGUGUCGCAGCGCCAGGCCUUCCAGGAGACGCGCGGCUACAUCCAGGCGCGCCUGCACCUGCAGCGGGAGAACCGGCAGCAGGAGCGCCUGCUGCUCUCCGUGCUGCCCCAGCACGUGGCCAUGGAGAUGAAGGAGGACAUCAACACCAAGAAGGAGGACAUGAUGUUCCACAAGAUCUACAUCCAGAAGCACGACAACGUCAGCAUCCUCUUCGCGGACAUCGAGGGCUUCACCAGCCUGGCGUCGCAGUGCACGGCGCAGGAGCUCGUCAUGACGCUCAACGAGCUCUUUGCGCGCUUUGACAAGCUGGCGGCGGAGAACCACUGCCUGCGCAUCAAGAUCCUGGGCGACUGCUACUACUGUGUGUCGGGGCUGCCGGAGGCGCGCGGGGACCACGCACACUGCUGCGUGGAGAUGGGGGUGGACAUGAUCGAGGCCAUCUCGCUGGUGCGCGAGGUGACGGGGGUGAACGUGAACAUGCGUGUGGGCAUCCACAGCGGGCGGGUGCACUGCGGCGUGCUGGGGCUGCGCAAGUGGCAGUUCGACGUGUGGUCCAACGACGUGACCUUGGCCAACCACAUGGAAGCGGGCGGCAAGGCCGGGCGCAUCCACAUCACGUGGGCCACGCUGCAGUACCUCAACGGCGACUACGAGGUGGAGCCGGGCCACGGCGGCGAGCGCAACGCCUACCUCAAGGAGCACAACAUCGAGACCUUCCUCAUCGUGGGCUGCAGCCAGAAGCGGAAGGAGGAGAAGGCCAUCCUGGCGAAGCUGCAGCGGGCGCGCGCCAACUCGGCCGAGGGGCUGGCGCCGCGCUGGGCGCCCGAGCGCGCCUUCGCCCGCGCCAAGGACUCCAAGGCCCUGCGCACCGCCAUCGCCGUCUUCGUCGUCCUCCUCCUCUUCGUCGCCGCCUUCGCCAACAUGCUCUCGUGCAGCCGCGCGGCCCUGCGGGACUGCGCCGCGCGCCAGCUCAACGUCACCCCGGCCGCCGUGGGGCCCUGCCAGCUCCGCGCGCUCAACUACUCGCUGGGCGCCGCGGGGCCCUGUCACCGCGAUGGCCUCGCCUGCCACUUCCCCGAGUACUUCAGCCACAGCGUGGUGCUCAGCCUGCUCGCCUGCUCCGUCUUCCUGCACCUGAGCAGCUCGGGGAAGCUGCUGCUCACGCUGCUGCUGGGGGGCACCUACCUGCUGCUGGCCGAGGGCCCCCACGCCGCCCUCUUCGACAACUACGACCUGCUCGUGGUGGCCAACGCGCUGCCGGCGCUCAACGGGACCCAGGCUCAGUGCGCGGCGGAGGGGAAGGUGCCGCUGAAGUACGUGACGCCGGUGGUGCUGGCCGUGUUCGCGCUGGCGCUCUACCUGCACGCGCAGCAGGUCGAGUCCACGGCGCGCCUCGACUUCCUCUGGAAGCUGCAGGCCACGGGCGAGAAGGAGGAGAUGGAGGAGCUGCAGGCCUACAACCGGCGGCUGCUGCACAACAUCCUGCCCAAGGACGUGGCCGCGCACUUCCUGGCGCGCGAGCGCCGCAACGACGAGCUCUACUACCAGUCGUGCGAGUGCGUCGCCGUCAUGUUCGCCUCCAUCAGCAACUUCUCCGAGUUCUACGUGGAGCUGGAGGCCAACAACGAGGGCGUCGAGUGCCUGCGGCUGCUCAACGAGAUCAUCGCCGACUUCGACGAGAUCAUCAGCGAGCAGAAGUACCGGCAGCUGGAGAAGAUCAAGACCAUCGGCAGCACCUACAUGGCGGCGUCGGGGCUCAACGCCAGCACCUACGACCGCGAGGGCCGCAGCCACGUGGCGGCCCUGGCCGACUACGCCAUGCACCUCAUGGAGCAGAUGAAGUACAUCAACGAGCACUCCUUCAACAACUUCCAGAUGAAGAUCGGUGAGCGCCGCGCGCCCCUUUGCGCGCCCAGGCCCUAG